CAGCGACGGCGUCGUCGCUUCGAGUUGCAGUGGCGUCGGCGCCGAGGCGCGAGUCGUUUGAUUCCGUUAUCAGUAGUGGUGCGAGCUGUGUAGGAGGAGGGCCGAUAUUCAGUUGUACUAGUGACAGUCCGAUGCUUCAUACGGACGAGACCUCAAAAAUAUUCUGAGGACGGAUGUAUAACAGACCUUACUAUCUGCAAUCCAUGUCCCUACACGCCUAAAAGCCAACCCGUAAAUAAAUCUUCCGUGGAUCUUCCAUUUUCGCGCUGCAAUAUGUCGCUCAGCCUUAUUUCUGAAACGCGGGGAUUACGCUGGUCGGGACCAUCAGCUAUCACGUGACAGCUGUCACCCUGGUUUGACGGGACCAUCGCUACCCUAUGCUGAUGCCUUACUCGCCCAUUCUGGUCCGAAUGUACAUGCCACGUGGUAGGCAAGACUCGGAGAUCUGGAAUUCAGAACGAGGUUUUGAGUAGGAACGAGUCUUACCACAUGAAAUGAGGGAAAAAUUCAGCAGCAAACAUGGGUUUUACAUAGUGAGGGGCAACCAGCCCUAGCAGAUCGUCGAUGAGAGCUGCGGAGCUAGCUUGAACAAGCUACCGAGCACAACAUCAGAGUAUUAGAGAAAUUUGAUUGAUGCAAAACUAUUAAAAGGCAGUAGGAAACGUACUCUAGUCGCCAGUAUUUAAAGUAUUUCAUAAAAAAACCUAAUAUUUCGAUAAGGAUUUAAUGUACUAAAAAUAUUACCGUAGAAUAUUACUCUGUGAGGUAUAAAAACAUAUGCGAAUUUGAAACGAACGAACAACUUGCCCGAAUGUAGUAAAUAUACAAUUAGUUAAUCAUUGAACAAUCAGCCAGAUUCGAAUGAUUUUAGUCGCAAAACAGUUAGCAACUAACUCUAGUAUAACGUAAGAACGUCGAAUCUCAACUGAUUAUCGUACAGUAAGUAAAUAUCAUCGAUUUAAAAAGUAAAUUCGAUGUAAGUGUAAUAAAUAACGCGACCCAUAGCGAAGACAAUCCUAGUUAUAAUAUUAAAAAAGAAAGAAAAAAAAGUAUAUAUUAACAAAACGAAAAUAGAAAUAAAACGUAAUUUCAAUGUUUAUCUUUAAACAUAAAUUUUAAAGUUGAAGUAGUUUGUUUUAUACCGAGCAGGUAUAAUUGAAAUUUAUCAACAUUUUAUUGAGAGCAAAUAGUUAUACAUGUUAUUUGUUGAAUCAUGUAGAGUAGAAUAUUAUCAAAUGAAUUUAUCUAUACAUGAAUUAUAUAAAUAUAUUGUACGUCUAUUUACAUCGCUACUGUUGAGCAGAAAGCGAAUGAACACAGUUGAUUUGUAACCCGACACGUUGUCAGUCCAUUGGAAAAGUGUAAUUCUAAUGAGAAUAUUCAUAAUGCUUCGAUCUCUAAUUGCCUAAAAAGAGAAAGCGAAAAAAUAUAUAAAUACGAUGUGGAGUAGAGUUGAAAAUGAUAAAAAUAAGUACAGAGAAAGAAAUACAGCAACGUAAAACAGUAGUAAGUUUCGUUACAACGCGUUAAGAUCGUUAGUUGUGGAAAAGAAAUCACGAAACGCAAUUAAAAAGAAAAGCAUAAGGUACUUGGGUGUCGCUAGUAAAAACUCUGAUACACGUACGUCGAGUAAAGAAGAGAGAGAAUGAAAAUGACAAUCCAAACGCGACAGACGUACCUGUAACGGAAGAUUCGGGGAAGUUUGUCCGACGCAAGCAAUCUGUGAUACGGCAAAUUGACAAAGGGGUUGAUCGCUGGCUCGUGAUCUCGGCAAAGAUCCGGUGGAACAGCACAUUAUACGCCGAGGAAAUCAAGAGCCGCAAGACGACGAAGACGAGUAAGGAAAAGUAUUCAUCAAGCGGCAUUGUAUUCAUCGAGACAAAAGAAGCACACCCAUCUUCAGAAUUUUGACUAAGUUUUUACUUUAUCACGUUCGAAGGUCGCCGUGUGUCAAAAACAGACGCGCGAUGAAUUUGGAAGUGGAGCUGAUAGCGGGGGUCAUAAAAGGUGGACCGCCCCCGGCGCACCUUCCCGCCCCCCGUCUCAUCAAGAUAUUCAUUGCCGGGGAACGUGACGAGUUCGUCGAAGAGAGGAAGCAGAUUCUCGAAGGAGUUGGACCGGAGCUGCAAGCUAUUUACGAUGACAUGGGAAUCGAGGUGCUGCUGGUGGACAUGCAGUACGGAACUGAUAAGGAUCCCGAUGUCAAUCCACGACUUGCGGAAUUGUUCUUGGAAGAAAUAACCGCAUCGCAUCGUCAUUCCAGAGGGUGUUUUUUUUUGCUACUGGUUGGCGCAGCUUAUAAAAGUGGUUGGGUACCGACGAAAUUUACGCAAGAAACAUAUAAGGCCCUCCUCACUCACUGUAACUUCCUCGAAGAAUAUUACACACACGACGGAGAUUGUUACGUCCUGAAAGCUUCCAGCGAGGAGACUGCUCACGAUGAUUGGCACCAGCACGAGUCAAAUUUAAGAAAAGCGUUAAAAAUAGCAGCAGAAUCGGCCAUUUUGGAAUACCCAGACAACACCGAGAUCAAAAAUAUAUUACAGUCAACCGCAGAACGACAAUUAGAACACGGCCUAAGUUUGGAUGAAGAUGGUAAUGGCGUGAUAGCGAUCGUACGAAAUUGGUCUGGUUCUACGGCACCUACCGUAGAGCCUGGAGCAUCGACGCUUAAAUCUAGAAUCGGAAGUAGCUUACCAGAGGAGAAUGUAAUGGAAUACGAGGUGGAAUACAAGCCCGGUGGAAUUGACUCCGAUUGUCUGUCGCACGAUAAAUACUUGACACGAAUGCGUCAACAGGUAUUAGACAGGAUUCAAUUCUUGGUGAAUGAGUCGGUUGAAACUGAUCCCGAGAUCAAAAGUCGAAAGAAAAUGGUGCAGGCAGUUUACGCGGAAAGUUUGGCGCAUUUGAGUUUGUUGAGAAAUGUGAGCCCCGCGGAUGAAGAUGUGAAGGCCAUAGGCCAAAUUAAAGAAUUGCUGCUAGCCGGAAGGGAUAGAAAGCAUGGACCAGUACUGGUAUGGGGUCCAAAGUCCUCUGGGAAAUCAGCAAUCCUGGCUACUGUAUAUGAAAAAGUGCCAAGCUGGUUCAAUGGACCAACUGUACGUAUCGUUAGGCUGUGCACAUCAACUCCAAGGUCGGCUUAUAGUUUAGAAUUGCUCAGAGUUCUCUGCGAACAUAUAGGAUUUUUGUCCGGUAACAACGAUGGCAAUUUGCCGAGAGAUGCAUCCUUCGAUCCCUUGUACUUGAACAACUGGUUCAGUCAGAUAAUGCGAGGAAUCGAAGAAAAUCCAAUGUCGGAACAGCUCGUUAUAUUGGUUGACGACCUGCAUCGGCUGCAUCCAUUGGAAUGCGACAUAGUCGCCGCGUUGUCUUGGCUGCCUUUGAAUCUACCAAAAGGUGUGCAUUUCAUCGCAACCACCGCCGUUCCACCUGAAGCUUUGAGGUUAACUCCACUCCAAAAAGAGAGACUGCGGAGCCCGGAAAUACUCAUUGAAUUACCGGAGGUCAAAAGCAAUGUACCUGAUGUUGAGGCCGCUUUUGACAGACUGGAACGAUUGAUUGGUCACAAGGCAGCAAACCGGAUUGGGUCCCUUUUGGCGUGCACGGAGUACGGGCUGUCGGAGACGGAAAUCUUGGAGUUGAUAAUGCCUACGGGAGACGAUGGACCUCUGGUACUCGCUAGUGGUCAGUUUGGCUUUGCGACAUGGUGUUUAGUGAGGCGAACUAUGACUCCGUGGCUUAAAGUUCGAGUCAUGAGUGGGCGUUUGAUGUUUUCGUGGCGUUGGUCAAGCGGGGAAAUGGCUCGAAAACGAUAUUUAGCUACCCAAGACGCUUCACGGUCAGCGUACGGCGAAGUGGCGAACUUAUUCUUCACCGAAGAUUCCGAGGAGAGUGAUCAAAAACCUCCUGAAGAUUCGGAUUCAGCACCGGCAAAGGAAACUCCAUUUCAAAGUGCGCCCAGAUCGCAAGAUAUUACUUACACUAUUCGUCACGUCGAAGAAGCCUGGCUACAUCUCCUUCGAGCUGGUGACGUUGAUCGAUUGAAAAGAUUGGCUGUCUGCGCAUUUGAUUUCUUGCUGGCCGCUGUCCAGAUGAUAUCUGUGAGCUACUUACGAUGCGUAUUGGAACAUGCCAGGAGGUAUUUACUUGAAAGGGACCUCGAACUAGUUUAUUACGCCGUUCGAAAGUCUAGCGACGUGUUGACAAGGGAUCCGUUACAGUUGGGAGCUCAGUUAAUUUGCUGGUUGAGACCCGUCGCUGAGGAUGAAGGAGAUUUGGUUAGUCGAAUGGUCAUGGCAGCGAUGGCAUGGUGCGAUGGAUAUGCUGCACCGCUGUUAGUUCCACUGAAUGGCUGGCUACAACCUCCUCUGCCUUUACAAAUUCGUGCUUUAUCCUGUCCACAAGGUGUCAGACUGAUCGAAGCUGCGCCAUCAGGCCAACACGUGGUGGUGGUACCUCCUCAAGGCGAUGCUGAACUGUGGCACGUGAUGUCGGGACAGCUAGUACACACAUUCAAAGGCCAUUCGGGACCAAUAUCAUGUCUGGCUAUCACGAAGCAGUCUCAGUAUUUGAUGACUGGAUCUGAAGAUACAUCUAUAAUCGUAUGGGACAUGAAAGAAUUGAUUAUGAAGCAACGAAUUUGUGAGCACAUUGCUCCAGUGCUAUCUUUGACGCCAGCAAUGGGAAAUUCGAUAAUCGUUAGCGGUGGUGAAGAUUCUAGGAUUAUAGCAACGCGAUUAUUGACUGGUGAAGUACUAAUGAAGGUAGACCAUCACCGUGGUCCAGUGACUUCAUUGCGCGUCGAUUCUGCUGGAGAAGUUUUGGUUUCUGGUUCAUACGACGCAACUGUUUGCCUCUGGUCGCUAGAGAGCUUUACUUUGUUGAAUACCAUCCCUCUUCCCUCUCCGGUUACAAUGCUCGAUGUGUCCACGGACUCGGUAUUCCUGCUAGCUGCUUGUGAGGAUAAAAAAUUGUACCUUCGCUCUCUGGCGACUGGUACUGAGAUACAUACGCUACGAGGUCACCAAGGACCGAUCAAAAGCGUAUGUCUCGCUAAGGAUUGCAGAAGAGCUGUGGCAGGUGGAGUUGACGGAAGGGUCUCUGUCUUCGACAUGCAUAGCGGAAGAUUGACGAAAGCUCUACCUGCUAGUCCAUCGGCAGAUGUGACAUCCGUCAAGGUAACCGAGAAAGAUGAUUUCUUGAUAACCGCUGGCGGAGGUCGAGUGACUUAUUGGAGUUUCCGCGGCGAAGAGGUUGCCCCGCGACCAACGAAGUCUGGUGGAAAGCAGGAAUCCCUUCAACCUCACGGUGCUCCAAUUUCCUGUUUAGAUGUGUCCAGAGAUGGCGCCAUGGCAGUUACCGGUGGUGUCGACUCUCUAGUUAACUUGUGGCAGUUGAAUACUCAUGAACUAGUUUCCACCUUGGAAGGCCACAUCGCAAGUGUUACUUGCGUCGCGUUUUCGGCUUCGGGACUCUUCGCAGCGUCAGGUUCCGAAGAUAAAACCGUGAGAGUCUGGGGACUGACGUUGGGCCUGGUAGUCGCCACCUUCAAACAUCAGGCUCCCGUUACUGCUGUGACUGUGAUGCUUGAUGGAAGAAGAGUCGUCAGCUCUGAUAGGGGUGGUGCCAUCAGGGUGUGGGCUGCUGACAGCGGAACGUUAAUCCAGUCUCUGUGCGGCCCGGGCCGAUGUUUUGCAGUAGCUUCUGACAUGAGAUACACAGUCUGCGGGUCCGGAGACAACCAUAUUAGAAUAUUGGGACUGGGAUUGGGACCGGAGGAAAAAUACCCGGUUUCUCACUCCCAAGAUAUCACUUGUCUCGUUGUUACCCCUGAUUCUCAAUCCCUCAUUACCGGCUCCAGAGACAUGAGCUUAAAAGUCUGGCAACUUGCUGGAGGAAAAUUGUCCCAGGUGUUGGUUGGACACACCGAUCACGUGACGUGCGUGGCAGUGGCCGUUUCGGACAAGUCCAUUGUAGUCUCGGGUUCGAGAGACGCGAAUUUGAUCGUCUGGGAUAUAAACACGGGCGCAGAUCUUCACACGCUGACUGGUCAUCUAGGGUACGUAACUUGUAUUCGGCUUUCGGGGGAUGGUACCUUGGCCGUAUCCGGGAGUGAAGAUAAGAGCUUGAUUGUAUGGGACACGAAGAAGGGAACUGCCCUCAGCUCCAUAAUGCUUCAUGUUCCGGUUCUCGGGGUCGAAAUGUCCACCGAUUGUUCGAGACUCGCGCUCCACCUAUUGGAACACAAGUGCUUGCCGAUUUUGUGUCUACACAAUACGCCCGCGCAAUAUGUCAAGCUGCCAGAAUACGUUGCUCCGAGAGAUCUGAGGCCUCCCGGACCGAAGCGACCGGCAAGAAGAUUGCUCAAAAAGGAAGUGUCCUUGGAUACUUAUACAUGGCAGCGAAAAUAUGGUCAUUUGACUUCAGGUAUAAUGGUCGCCGCGGUUGAGGAACGUCUAAAGCGUCGAUUCAGCGUUAGCGCGUCAAUGGAGGAAAUCAGCAAAGCUGGCCUAGCUGGUUCCCAGCCUGGAUUGGGUCCGGAACAAGCAGCCCUUGCACAAUCCCAGCAUUUUGAUCAACUGGAAGCACUCUGGAAUAAGCAAUCACCUCCGCCGAGACCGAGAGGUCUUGGCAGGACGCUGUCCAAACAGAGUUCUCUCCAAGCGACCCGAAUAUCCGACUCAGAGGAAGAAGCACAGGAAACAGGAUGCACCUUGCACGGUUAUCUACCCGGCUAAUCUGCAAUGGCUGACUCUCCGAAGCGCUUUUUCCCCGCAACUUCUCAGAAGAUUAGGGACAAUCUUCUGGACACACCCGUCUCUGAAUCCCUCCUCAACUAUCACCCAUUAUCAGACCUUGGGGUGUAAGACUCGCGUCAUUCUUUCACUGCAAUAACUAAAAUGUAACUCUACGUAAUAAAGUUAUAAAAACUUCGAA